AUGGCUGUAGUUCAAGGGCCAGAGGAAACAUCAAGCGUCCCACCUGAACAAGUUUAUGGCAGAAAUGAAGAUGAAGUCGCACUACUGAAAAUGGUGAAAAGUGGUGCCAACUUUCAAGUAAUAGCAGUUGUCGGCAUGGGAGGGAUCGGCAAAACGACAAUUGGUUGGGUUGUGUACAAUCACAAGCAGCUGGAAGAUUUCAAGUUUGACAAAAAGGCCUGGAAGCAGAAUGAUCGUGACAAUAUUUGGAAGGUGGAGUACAACGAAUGGGAAAAGCUCAAGUCUCCUUUCGCAGUCGGUGCACCUGGAAGCAGAAUGAUCGUGACAAUUCGCCAUACAGAUGUUGCUCAAACAAUAAGAUGCUCUCAUAUUUAUCAAUUGAAGCUUUUAUCCGAAGAAGCUUGUAAGUCCUUGUUUCAGGAGCAUACGUUUGGGACUGGUGCAGUUGUUAUUCCUAAUCAAAUUUCCAAUUCAAUUUACAAAAGAGUUGUUGAAAGGUGUGGCGGCCUACCACUGGCAGCAAAGACCCUUGGUGGUGUUCUACGCUCUAACUCAAGUGAUACUUGGGCAAAUAUAUUGGAAUGCAAAAUGUGGAGUACAUCUGAUGAAAGUGAUCAUAUUCUCCCAGCAUUAAAGCUAAGUUAUCAUUAUCUUCCUUCGAAUCUGAAAAGAUGUUUUGGCUAUUGCAUAAUUUUUCCUCAAGAUUAUGAAUUUGUAGAGAAGGAACUUACACUUUUAUGCAUUGCGGAAGGUAUUGUUCAACCAUAUGAUAGGCGACUAGAUGAGGCAGGCGAGUGUUUUCAUAAAUUAUGCUCAAGGUCGCUUUUCCAAUGA